UGAGUUCGAAGGGAUCCAAAAAUGUCGACUAGUUCAGCUCUCAGCAGUUAUUAUGUGGACACUAUUAUGGGGCACGAGGCUGAGGAUGUGUACGGAGCGCGUUAUAUCCAGGGUUCUCACACCGCGCCCGCGAGGCCGUCAGGUGUGGUUGAAAAUGCGGACUUUUCCUCGUGCAGCUUCGCUCCCAAAUCAGCCGUGUUCCCUGCGUCCUGGUCCUCGGUUCAUCAGCCAUCUACUGCUGCUGUGUCCGGGAUUUACCAUCCAUACGUUCACCAGACCCAUCUUUCAGACAACAGAUACGUCCGAUCCUGGAUAGAGCCAGUCGCAAACCAUAUCUCUUUAACGGGCUUCCACCCCAACAGUCGGCACAGCGGUACAAAGACUGAAAGUUUACCCCCGAAAAGGACCGAAAGCGCCGCGUUUGAAACGGAGACACCGUCGGUUCCCGAGUUUAGCUUAAAUGCUGUGUCCGAGAGCGCGGACAAAGCUACCGAAGAAAGAGUUGGAAGUGAUAAUUCGAGUCACGGUGAGCCUAAAGACGAAAAACAACAACAACAACUUGACCCAAGCAACCCUGCUGCCAACUGGAUCCAUGCGAGAUCAACAAGAAAGAAGCGUUGUCCGUACACCAAAUAUCAGACUCUGGAAUUGGAAAAGGAGUUUCUUUAUAACAUGUAUUUAACGAGGGAUCGUCGCUAUGAAGUUGCACGAAUCCUGAAUUUAACAGAGCGCCAGGUGAAAAUCUGGUUUCAGAACAGAAGAAUGAAAAUGAAGAAGAUGAACCGAGAGAGGAGCAGCAAAGAUCCGUAAUGGAAAGCGUGCAAGAAGCUAAUGCGCGUUUCUUUAGCACGCUUGGUUUAGGAUACAAGUUUUGUCCAUUUUUUGUUUUAGUCACUCAAGAUUAAAUUGGCGUAUAUUCUAUUUAAUUUGAUAUAUUUUUAAAUAUAUAUAUUUUUUCCUCAGAUAAUAAUUAGUAUUUGAGUAACUUUAAAUAAAAGGGUAUUUCAAUCCUCCUAAAUUGUAUUUCCCAGGUCUGAGCAUUUCUUAUUUUGCACAGUGUCAGCAUACUCAUACUCAUUUAAAUAUCUUGCAAGUAAUUAGGACAUCUGCUAGUUCUUAAUCUGAUGAUCUGAUGAGAUUUAAAUAUUUGUCCACAAUGCAUGCAAAUAGCCUACCUUCCAUCUUCAUACAGCCACAUGUAGUCAUUUACUGUGCCAUUAAUUUUACUUUUUCCUUUUUUUAAUUGGACCUUUUGUACAGUCUCAUUUUGAUUCUAGUGUAUUUCUCGUUGAAACUGUUGUCGCAUCGAAAAGGUCUAAAUUAUAAACUAAAACGAA